GGCCACUCCCUCCGUCUCUCGGCAGACGCAAAAAGGGAUGAAAAACCAAACUUCUCCCGCAAGACUGGCUCGCACCAAAUCGCAUCGCCCUUCGAGUCGCCCCUCACUGAUCCCUUCGCGUCCUGCUUCCCAAGCCACAGCCCCCAGGCCCCCACGCCCAGCUCCUCCCGCUCCGAUUUCACAGCCGGCGAGCUAGCCAUGUCGAUUCGGCCGCUGUUGCUGCCGGAGCCGCCGGGCGAGGUGGAUCGGGCGCCGGAGAUCUUCGCGGGUGGCGUGGCCGCGGUGCGCCGCGCAGUCGUCAUCGGGAACGGCUGCGCCGGCGCCGAGAACCAGUGCCUCGGCCUCGUCCGCGCCCUCGGCCUGGCCGACCGCCUCACGCUCUACCGUAUUAUCAGGCCAACCGGAGGAAUCAACAAGUGGCUGCACUUUCUCCCUAUCUCCUUGCAUAAAAUGGUGGACCAAGUACUCAGACAUAUACUGUCUAACACGACAUUCACAACACUGUUUCAAGGAAAACUGUCAGCACCUUAUCCUGUCAGUAAUGUUCAAUCUCUUGGAUUGUCUUCUAUACUAGAAGCAGAUUCCAAAAGGAUAGUGACAAUGGUCCGUGAUACCUUCGAGAAGGAAGGCCUGGCCAUAGUUGUUGCUUGUGGCCGUGAUACCAUACCAUAUGCAAGCUCUGUAAGGUGUUUAGCUCCAGAUAAUGUCUUUGUCAUUCAGAUACAACACCCCAGGUAUCGCCUUGAUAGGUUCGAUUUGGUGGUGACUCCUCGCCAUGAUUACUACGCUUUAACUGCAAAGGGACAACAAGAAGUACCGUGGCUUUUCCGGAGAUGGAUUACUCCACGAGAACCACCCGGUCCGAAUGUGGUCCUGACGUCUGGAGCACUUCACCAAGCAGAUUCUGCUGCACUACGCAUUGCUGCUACAAACUGGCAUGAUGAACUUGCUCCCUUGCCAAAGCCAUUGGUAGUAGUAAAUAUUGGAGGACCAACAAGAAACUGUAAUUAUGGUGUAGACCUUGCCAAGCAGUUGGUAAGCUCACUGCACAAUGUUUCAGAGACCUGUGGAAGUGUCAGAAUUUCAUUUUCCAGGAGAACACCACAAAAGGUGUCCGAUCUUAUAUUGAGAGAGUUCAGCACACAUCCAAAGUUCUACAUUUGGGGUGGUGAAGAACCUAACCCACACCUAGGGCAUCUUGCAUGGGCCGAUGCUUUCAUCAUAACAGCAGACUCGAUAAGUAUGCUAAGUGAGGCGUGCAGCACUGGGAAGCCGGUCUAUGUUGUUGGAACUGAGCAUUGCAGGUGGAAAUUCUCAGAUUUCCACAACACUCUGCAGAAACGAGGGGCUGUUCGUCCUUUAACUGGAUCGGAAGAUAUGUCAGACAGCUGGAGCUACCCUCCUCUGAACGAUGCCAUUGAUGUGGCUGCACGGGUUCGUGAAGUGCUUGCACAACAUGGAUGGACAGUGGGUUAAUAGCGGUCGAAUCAGAGAAAAAGAGUGCCAUUUUUGCUCCAGUUAUGUUCCAAGCCCAGACAAUUCAGAGCCCACGUUUCAGUUAUCUUAGUUGCAUCUGCAUGAGGAUUUUUUUUGCCAUAUCACCGAUGCAAAGCGAGAUCGCUUCUUUGCAGAAGAUGGCUAUAUUUUUGGGAACAUACUGCGUAAAGUUUUGAGCAAUCACACACAGACAGCAGUGUUUAUUCUUGGCAUAUUCAUGCAUUAUUGUACCUAGUGUUAUGCUGUAAAGAAUCCGAUAGAAGUGCGGACUGAGAUUAAAAAUCUUUGCCAUUGGAACGAGGUGACAUCA